CGGUUUUGAUUUCGGAGCCGUUUCUAUUUCUGGAUCUGAUUCCGAAUCCGAUCCGAACCAAUUCCGGAGUCAACUUCUAAAUCGGCUCCGGAAUUGACUCGGGAAUCGGAAUGGAUUCCAGCACCGGAAUCGGCGAUCCCGGAAUCGAUUCCAGGGUCAACUCUGGAAUCAUCUCCGGAGUCAACUUCGAAAUCGGUUCCGGAGUCAACUCCGAAACUGACUCCGAAACUGACUCCGAAGUCAACUCUGGAACUGCCUCCGAAGUCAACUCUGGAACUGACUGCGAAGACAACUCCGAAAUUGACUCCAGGGUCGGAAUCGAUUCCAUCAUCGGUAUCGGCUCCGGAAUUGAUUCCGAACACGAAAUCGGAAUCGGGUAGGACCGAUUCAGUGCUUCCACCACUACUAGCAACUGUAUUCUAUUGGCGGCAAAUCUAGAGCUUGUUAGUCGGGGGACAACACAGGGCAGGGUGAGGACGGGAUAGUGUGUGUAUCGUCAUCAUACGAACGACAACGGCCAGAGGACCAUCUAAGGGUCAGGUCUUAACGCCAGAAUCGAAAUUGCUCAGAAAGCUUUCCAUGGGCCAUAAACGCAAUUUCUCCAGUUCCUUUGCCUGCAAGAAAUUGCUGAUGUUUGAGAAAAGCUAUUUUUUAAGAAAAAGAAUUUGUAUUGAGUUAAGAAGCAGUAGCAGCUUCGUACCUGAGUAGUUACAGGGUUCAAGCACAAUUUUAUCGUUUCCUCACUCGUCUCCCAUCAAAUCAACCUCCCGCGACAUGUGCAACGACUUUACCGCCCGACUUUACCGAUCAUGUGGCAAAUGAAGCACAACGGAUGACGCUCGGGCUUGGUUUGGAUGCCGCAGCACCACCCCAUUCCCGCCACGAAAGAUUGCGAUCACACGGGCGUGUGCCCUCUACCCGGGAAGGGGUGGUCGGGGCGAGCGGGUAUACACCACCAUAGUCUGCAAUCUGCAUGCGUGAGCUCAAAUUGAUUUGAAACAAUUCAAAUUGUCUUGCGCGAGUUUUUGGCGAUGCCCCGCGCUCAUCCGGGGUGUAGCGACCACGUGGUGUCAGCGCGGAAGGAGGUGUGUGAUCGAACUUGGCAGGCUGGGAAAAAUGGUUCAACCUACCCAGGCAUAACUCUGCGCCACCUAACGCGUGUGCGGUAUAAAAGCAAACGGUCGGCAGAUUGUCGUCUCAUUACGCCAGCUGUGGUGUAACAUCCCGGAUCGUGGCUAGUGGGUUCCUUUCGGAGUUAGUGUCGCCAGCAGUGGUAGCAGCAGCAGCAGCAGCAGCAGCAGCAGCAGCAGCAGCCGGCAGGACAUACCUCUCAACCUCUUCUUCUAUCAAACCACCGCUAAACCGAAAUUCUUCGCCGUAGUUUGUGCCAUUGUGCUGAGUGCCGGAAAGUGUCGGAAGUUCCCAGGGAGAGGGCCGUUAAAAACAAAACCUUCGAGUAGUUUCCAACGUGUCUCUAAAGUGUCGCCUCGCAAAGUGAGCCAUACUUCGGCGCGAUAAUGUCCUACAUUGGCAACACAUCCGAUGUGGAGCAGGAGAAGAACCUGUCCGAAUACCGGCGGCAGCGCAGCUCCAGCAACCUGAUGCCGUCCGGCGCCAAGCAAACGGUCGGCAGCCCGAAAAUGUCGGACGUCCUGUGGAACGACAAGCGGGCGGCCAGCCGGGCCGUCAACGCGUCUGACGACGACGACUCGGAGGUGUCGGACAGCGAGAACUUCCUCGCCAAGGGCGCGUUCCUGCUGACGCCCUCGCACGAGCUCUCGAUGGACCGGGCCGCGCUGAUCUGCGAGAAGAUGAACUUCAAGGGCUGCUUCAGCCUGACGAAAACCGCUACCGGGAUACUGUUCAAGUUUUCUAACCCGGAGGACUACCAGGCGGUGUUCAAGAAGGGCUUCCAUAAGGUGACCGGCGCCCGGUUCUACAAAAAGAUUGCCAUCCCCUGCCGGCCGCAGAAAACGUUCAUGCUGUACGUAUUCGACGUGCCGGAGGACCUGCCGGAGGAAGACAUCCGGCACUCGCUGUACCGCUUCAACUCGGUGGUCGAGGUGGUCCGGCUGGUCGUGCAGUAUCAGAAGCCCGCGAUCCAGCCGGAUCCCGGUCAGAUGCACGCGACCGCUACCGGUGCGUCCCAAACGAAGCCCCAGGUGCCAAAGCUGCCGACUACCAAGCCGAUCGACGAGCAGGACGUGGCGCUGCAGAAAGAGUCGCCACCGCCCCCGAUCCGCAUCACGCUCGCCUCGCUCGAGGAGUACAAUCACCUACUGCAGAACGGGCUGGACUUUUACGGGGCGACCUUCUUCCCUACCGAGGCCCAGCUACCACCGCACGCGGCCAAGAUUGCCACCAAACGGGGCACGCGUAUGAUAGACGGUAGCAUUCCUGGGCGUGUGCGCGAGCUGCUGCCCGUGUUUGACGCGGCGGGAUUUAGCAAAAUUCCGCCCCCGGCUUCGAAAACAAUUAAACCGCGCCCAUAAACCGUAGUCCCUACCCCGCGCCCGCAAGACUCACAGCCAGUCCGGGCCCCAGCGUGACCGAGAAAAAUCAUCAUCAUCGUCAUCAUCAUUACCAUCCAUCUUCUGCUUCCCACCAUCCUAUCGUUCAUCUUAUUUGCGAACGCAUCUUGUCGCGCAGACCAACAAUGCACGCAUUGCUUCCGCCUGGUGUGCACCCCCCCCCCCCCUCCCCGCGCCAAGAAUCCCCGAUCAACCCCGCACCACACACGCACGCUGCUCGUUGGGGGCGCGCAACCAUACGUGACCGUGGGAUGGUUCCGCUACGCGUGAUUAGUUCGCCCGCCGAUCGGGAAAAACGGGCCGCGGAUCCACCGCCAUAAAUCUGUCCGAAAUCAUCUGCCCAAUCUCCAAAGCGCGCCACUGCGGUGGGCAACCGACCGUGCUCUUCUAAUCACUGUUUGUUUUUCUCCCGUGUCGCGCAACUGCGUCUGGCGAAUUUAAAUCCCGUAACACACUCACACACACACACACACAUACUCACACACACACACACACACAUACACACACACACACAUCACACACAAACACAUACACCUACGACAUAUUGAUCCGCCUAGCACACAUUUAAGCGUAUUAGCAAACAAAACAAGCGCUUUUGUUCCUAUUAUGUAUGAAGCUGCUAGCAGCCUUCCGGUGCCUCGCGGCACUCGAUGUCAAGCGCAUGGAUUCGUCUGAUCUGAUUCCACAUCCGUUUUUUUAUUUUAUCAUAGUGUUUUUGUUUCCUUCCUCCCUCGAGCAGUUGUUCGUUGGAAGGGAGCAGGAGAGAGAAAAAAACAAAGGUUUCCAAUAAAAUUUUCCAUCUUUCGUCACAGCACAAAUUUCCCUACCGAAGCAGAAGCUAGUUAUCAUUUGAGAAGAAGAAAAAAUCAUGCAAACGCUUUGAUGUUGAACAUUUUAAAAUUAAAAAAGUUAAUUUGGCCAGAUUACAGGGCUAUGCAACGAAAUUUCAAGGGUCCUCUGCAUUCAGAAGUGUACGCAGAAAUUAUGAGCUUUAAAACUUAUUAAAAUUAAUAACUGAUGACAACCACUUAUGAGACCUUAAACCAAAACCAAAGAAUUACUAAUCCAAAACCCGUACCCAUACCGGUCCAGGAACUGAUGCUGAACCCAUAACGUUCGUGGAAUUGAUAAUGCACCCAUACCGGUCAUGAACCUAAUACUAAAGUCAUACCGGUCCUAGAACCAAUCAUGAACUCAUACCGGUCCUGGAACUGAUACGGAUCCCUUCUGGUCUUGGAACGGAUACUGAACUCGUACCGAUCCUGGAACCUAUCAUGAACCUAUACCGGUCCUGGAACCUAUCAAGAACCCAUGUCUGCACUGGAUCCUAUCAUGAACCCAUACCAGUCCUAGAUCUGAUGCUAAACCCAUACCGGACCCAGAACUUAUUAUUAUUAUUAUUAUUAUUAUUAUUAUUAUUAUUAUUAUUAUUAUUAUUAUAAUUAUUCCUAUUCUUAUUUAUUAGUUUAUCUUCAAUGGGCCAUGUGGCCAAAUUGAGAUGGGUAACAGUACAAAAAAAAACAUAACAAAACCAAAUUUUUAUCACAGUUCCCUGUGGCCACGACAGAAGUCGGAGACGUUCUUUGUAUACUUAACCCAUACAUGCCCUGGAACCGAUCGUGAAUCCACACCGGCUUGUAACUGACAAUAAGGCAAUAUCGAUUCUGGAACCGAGAAUGAACUCAUAAUGGUCCUGGUACUAAUACUGCACCCAUAUUGGUCCUGGAACCGAAUAUGAACCCAUACCGAUCCUGGAACUGAUAAUGAAUCUAUACUGGUCCUGGAAUUUUUCUUUAACCCAUACUGGUUCUGGAACUAAUACUAAACUCAUACCGGUCCUAGAACAUAUCAUUAACCCAUACAGGCCCAUGAACCUAUCAUAAACCCGUACCGAUCCUGGGACUGAUAAUUCGCUUGUACUAGUACUGGAACCUAUACUGAACCUAAACCGGCCCUGGAACAGAGAAUGAACUCAUACCUAUCCUGGAACCUUUCAUGAACCCAUACCGGUCCUGCAACUGAUUAUGAACCUUUACCGGUCCAGGAACUGAUACUUAACCUAUACCGAUCCUGGAACUGACACUGAACCCAUACAGAUCCUGGAACUAAUACUGAAUCCACACUGAUCCUGAAUACUGAACCCAUACCGGUACUGGAACAGAUAAUGAACCCAUACCGUUCCUGGAAUCGGGAAUAAACUCAUAUCGGUCCUGGAAUCGAUCUUUGACCCAUAUUGGUCCGGGAACUGAUUCCGAAACCGUAUCGGUGAAGGAACCACUCGUGAACUCAUGCAUUAAUGCGCUCCCGAUUGCAUUAAUUUUCUGUAACAGUACCUAUAACAGUUCCGGAUUCAGAUUCGGUAUGAUACUUCCCGGUCUGCAAUCGAUACAGUUCCAGUUCCGUUCGACAAUCCAUACCCGGUAGUACAUGUGCAGCGUAGGAAAAUUAGUAGAAUUUGUACGGUGAUAUGUAAUAUACCGUGGCUUGCGAUCGCGAUUGUUCAAAUCGCAACAUUUACCGGUUUUUACCGCGCUCAUUAUAUUAUUCGCAACAAAAACAAAAACAAGUGGUUGACAAGGUGUAUUCGUAUUCCUACCGAGCUCCCGUUGAAAUGGCUCUUGUUCGAACUGAUUUCAAACCUUGUCAAUCUUAACGCCGGAUUUGGUUUU